GUAGGGCGCAGGGUGGGCAGGUGGGCGGCGCCUCCUGCGGGCGCCCUCGGUCCCUCCCUCCCGCUCUCGGCGCUUUGGGCUGUGCUGGCUGAGCACCACAGAGGUCCCCGGGCUGCGUGCCCUCUCCACGCCGUGCUACCAGCUCCUGCUCCGAGGCCCGCGAUUGCCUGGGGUGGGGGUGUCGCGGAACCCCCAGCCCCGGGCCUCCGGACAGAGACCUAGCGUGGCCCUCUGCCUUCGGGAUCUCUCGCCUGCUCCAUCCACCCCGGCUGCCGGGCAUUUGAAGAGAGGCACCGAUUGAGAGUCUAUGGGUGAUUUUUUUUUUCACUGUGACACAGGAGUUUCUUGGCUGCGUGGACGUAGUGUCUGUUGGCACUACUGCUUUUUAAUUUGUUUUUCUCUCUUUGAGCCUGGUCUUGCCCCGUUCCGCUGCCAUGAUGGCCCAGUCCAAGGCCAACGGCUCACACUACGCACUGACGGCCAUCGGCCUGGGGAUGUUGGUCCUCGGGGUCAUCAUGGCCAUGUGGAAUCUGGUUCCCGGUUUCAGCCCUGCAGAUAAACCAACGGCUCAGGGCAACAAGACAGAGGGGGGUGGUGGCAUCCUCAAGAGUAAGACUUUUUCGGUGGCCUACGUGCUGGUCGGGGCUGGUGUGAUGCUGCUGCUACUAUCCAUCUGCCUGAGCAUCCGGGACAAGAGGAAGCUGAGGCAGGAGACUGAGGAGCUGGCCCGAAUUCAGCAGCAGGCAGGAACCGUGCCCCCCUCCCAAGAGGAAGACAGCCAGGAGGAGGAGGAGGAGGAGGCCGACUCACGAUACUACGUACCGAGCUAUGAGGAAGUGAUGAACACAGGCUACCAGGAAACCAGGGGACAGGAGCAGAACCCAAGACUGAGCAUCUCUCUCCCCUCCUAUGAGUCGCUAACCGGGCUGGACGAGGCAACCCCCACCAGCACCAGGGCAGAGACAGAGACCAGCCCCGGGCAUGCUCCCGACAGGCAAAACUCCAAGCUGGCCAAACGCCUGAAGCCACUCAAAGUUCGAAGGAUUAAAUCCGAAAAGCUUCAUCUCAAAGACUUCAGGAUCACGCUCCCAGACAAGAACAUCCCUCCUCCCUCUAUUGAGCCUUUGACGCCUCCACCGCAGUAUGAUGAGGUCCAGGCAAAGGCCCCCGAUGCCCGGCCGCCUGAUUGAAAGACUGUCUAUCUACACUCCCUCCUGUCUCACCCUCCACACCAACAGACUUCAGCCAAAGCCACUUCAGCCCCAGCCGAGGGGUCAAGGCACACUUAGCCACUGUGAUGAGGAUUUUGGGUAGAGGGAGUUACUACGAACGGUUCACAGAGCCCAGAGUGGAGGCAUCAGAAGGAUGCUGAGAGUUUGUGAUGCUCUAAACCAUAGCAAGACGUGUGGCCUUGGCAUCCCUGCAUCUUCCUCUCCCACUCGGGAUCACAGCCCACACACCCCUCUCCUGAGCUGGGGACAGGAUCCCUAGUGACUCGUUUAGGCUGAGGUUGUCUCCUUUCGCUUCGACCACAGUCGCUGUGUUUCAAAAGGAAACUGAGUUUUCUGCUUGCUGUCCUCACUGGAGCCUUGAACCAGUGGCGAACAUAGCUCAGCCUUGGCCAAAAGGACCUGGGACUGUCUUGUGAAUAAAAUGAUGGCCGUGUGUGGGUGAGUUUUGGGGGAGGUCCCUAGGGGCCCCUUGUGCUGCUGGUUCUUUGAGGGUCUAAGGCCUGAUUACUUUCAGUGUGGGACACAGAUGGUUGUCUGAUUCGGUACACUGGUCUCCUGUGGGCAAUGAAAGGCAAGAGAGGAAGUAGUUACUCCAUGCCUUCUCAAACGCCAUGAAACUGGGCAUUUUAUAAUAAAAUGUUUUAUAUGUAGCA